UCGGCCUGAACACACCACCGCUGCUAGUUCGUCAGUGAGCGCUCGCUAGUCUAGCUGAGACCCCCUCGGCAGCAGGACCCUUCGCGCACGCCCUUUCGCGAACCGAGCCGGCCUCGAAGACUGUGGCGUCCUAUCGGCUCACCAGGUGAUCCGCGGAGAGUGUUUUACGUGGUUGAGUUUUGGUGAUUGAGUUCCCUCUCAGGCGGGAGAGUUGCAACACCAGCCGAAGGGAAAGGUGAACAACACAAGCAGUCAAAUCAAUUGUGUGACAUUCCUGGCACUUUAGUGGUUCGGUUUAGUGCCGGUCAAGUGAUUCAUGUGCUUCGAGCGCAUGAGAUGAUAAGCAUAUAUGCAUGUGAUAAAAUAGCAAAAAAGUUAACUUUCUGAUGAAUACAUAUGUGUUAAAGGGUGUCUCUGUAGUGACCUAUAUUUAUAUCGGGUACACACGUCUUCCAAAAGAAGAGAGAAAAAACAGAGAAUACAUACAGUAAUACACCUGAAAGAAGGAGAGAAUACACAAACUUUUGAUUGAAAGCAACUGAGGUGAUCUGCAUUCGAUCCUCGCAUUCAGAUUUGAUAGGAGAUUGUGUUCAGUGUAGCUGCAAAGCUGGCUGAAGAGCUCGAGACGUGGCGAAGAAUUAAUUGCUGAGUGACCUGCUCUGACCUACCGUCGCCUGCUCUCGCGCUAUGCGGGGGGCGACCGGAUCGUCGUGAGGUAAUGCUGAGCCUGAACAGACGUCGCUAUGAGCUGCACGACGCCCCUGUGAGGGCCCGGCGCCCGCGCGAGCCCCCGACGCGCCCGCCGCCCUACACCCGCGUGGGCUGAACGGACUGCCCCACCCAUUACUGCCGGCCGCCUCUCGCUCCCACAUGCGAGCCGGGAGGUGAGGGCGGGCGGGAGGCGGAGGCACGGGCGUGAUGGUGGCAUGAUCCCGCGGGCGUGGGCGUGGCUGGUGGUGCUGGCUGUCGCGUGGCAGCCCCCGGGAACGGCCGCCGCCGCCAAGACCCGCAUCGUCAGCACCAAGUACGGACAGGUCCAAGGGCUCAUCCGCCACCUGGGGCACCUUCUCGGAGACGUCGAGGUGUUCUUAGGCGUCCCAUACGCUAGCCCACCCAUCGAGGAGGGCCGCUUCACACCGACCAACACGCCCACGCCUUGGGAAGGCGUGCUGGACGCCACCACCCAGCCCCAGGUAUGCCCGCAGCUCCUGCCCGAGCCCGAUGAGUCGUACAUGCCCCGCGCCCGAGCCCAGUUCAUUCGGCAGGUGACGCCCGCCCUUGCCAACCAGAGCGAGGACUGCCUCACGCUCAACAUCUACACGCCGAUCAUGGUGAUCCCCGGCUCGGAGGUGUACCCCGUGCUGGUCUACUUCCACGGCGAGAGCUUCAGCUGGGGCGCGGGCUCGCUCUACGACGGCUCCGUGCUCGCCGCCUACGGGAGGGUCGUCGUAGUCACCAUCAACUACCGUCUCGGCCCGCUCGGAUUCCUGAACACGUAUGGCGGCGGGGCGGGGGGUGUGGUAAGCAACUUCGCGCUCCUCGAUCAGAUCGCCGCCCUCAACUGGGUCGCGGAAAACAUCAACCAAUUCAAUGGCGACCCCUCAAGAGUGACGCUCUUCGGAAGGGACACGGGAGCGGCUUGCAUCUCGUUCCUGAUGGAGAGCCCCAUUGUACCCCCAGGGCUGUUCCACCGUGUUGUCAUGCUCUCGGGGUGGUCGCGGUGCCCUUGGUCGUGGGUGACGGCUCCGUUAAGCGUGACGCUGCGCCUGGCCAUGGCCGCCGAGUGCCCCGUGCCUGACGACCCCGCGUCCGCCCACCCACGAACUGUGGCAUGUCUACGGGCGGCGCCACUAGAGGCCCUCAUGUCGGCGGCGCGGAAAGUGGAGUCCCCGGCAUUCAUCCCGGCGUGGGGGCCAAGCGAGGACGGCGUGGUGGUCGCUGGAGCUCGGCGGGGUUCAUCGAUGGGGCGGCAGCGCGUCGAGGUCAUCAUCGGUUACACGCCGUGGGAGGCGUGGUCUUGGCUAGGCCAGAGCCUGGUCGAAAUGGGCGUCGACAACGUGAUCUUCGAGCGGGUGGCGAGGACGUGGGUGCGGAAUACGCGCCAUCACCACCUGCGCGAGGUGUUGGCGGCGGCGCUGCAGGAGUACACGGACUGGACGGCCGUCACGCCCAGCCCGGAGGAGCGACGCAACCUACUGCUGCACCUGCUGGGCGACGCGGGCGUGGUGGCACCCCUGCACCAGGCGGCCGACCACUUAGCGCGGCACACCAAGGUGUUCAUGUUCCUGUGUGACCUCGGGAGCAGGCUCCAAGGCCAGCUACAAGUCCCCGGGUGGGAGCUGGGCCUGAUGUGGGGCACGGGGCUCAGUGACGUCACGCGGUCCCCGGGGGCGCCGACACCCCCCCUCAAGGCCCUCCCGCUUACGCAGCUCUCCGAGGACGUCAUCACGCUGCUCACCAACUUCGCCAAGUCAGGCGAUCCAAAUCUGCCACGGGAAUCCCCCUCACCAGGUUUCGCCGCAGUGGCUUGGCCGAAAUAUAUGCCCGAUACGAGAAAAUACCUCAGGAUAGGCGUGCCACCCACGGUCGGCUCGCAGUACCGCGCCCACCAGCUGGCGCUCUGGACAUGGUUGGUGCCCGAGCUGGAGGCAGCGGGCAAGACGUACCCACCGGACCCCAACUCGUGGGAGCUCAGCACGGACCCCAAGCUCUUCUACGGCGUGGUCAAGCCGCCUGACCCCUGGUACUUCCUCGCGCCCAACACCACGACGACCACCACCACUGUCGGGGCGCCCACAUCGCCAGAUACGCCUGCGACGAAGCCCACGACGCCGAGAACGACCACCACGCUGGCUCUAACGCCCACCGUUGUCGCGAGCAUCGCUCCUAAGAUCCUGUUUCCGGACACCAGCGAGUACGUGCGCUACUCCACGGCGAUGCUGGUGACCGUAGGCCUCGGUGUGUCGCUCCUGCUGCUGAACGGACUUAUCUUCCUCCUGUUGUUCUGGCGACGCCCCGCGCAGCCCCACGCCUGCCAGGGCCACCACGUCCACGCGCAGGACGGCACGGGCAUGCCGCGGGUGGGCUCCGUGAUGAGCAUGGGGGGCCUCGGGGGCACUUACGGCGGCCCCCCUGACUGCGUCAAGGCGUCCUACGAGAAGCUUCACCUCACCGCCGACGAGCUCAAGCAGCUGGCCAGGUCGCCGUCGAACACGCUCAAGAGAUGCAAGUCACCGGGUCCGCUCAAGUCCCAAGGCUCCUUCAGGUCUCAUGGUGUGGCUACCAUAUGCAGGUCCCCCCGUGGAGGCGACGGCGGCGGCCACCGGGAGACCUCGUUCACGGUCGAGCCGCCCACCCUCCUUCGGGACGACGACUCGCGCCCGCGUGCUCAGUCCGUGGCGACGAUUGGUCGUCAUUCCCCUUCAGACGGGACGCUUCGCGCCGCCUCGGAGCCCCGCGAGGCGUCCACGGGUCCGGGCGCGGGCGGCGACCGGCGGCCCAACGGCUGGGCGAGCUUCGUGGGUGACGUGCCGGAGCCGCCGCCGCCGCCGCGCACCGCUACGUUGCGCAGGGAGAAGAAAGUGACCAUCCUAGACGAGGCCGUCCACAGGUUAUGAUGCUGACCGACUCCUCCGCUGCCCAGCCCUUCCUCCGCGCUCAGCCACGGCGCUGCCCUCUACCCGCGCCCUGCCCCCGGGGAGUCGGGGGCGGUCGCACGUCUCGGGCGAGGCGAAGCCACCCACGUCUGGCCGUCGAGUUUGCUCUCGGUGACGAUGUUUCGCCCCCCCCCCCCCCCCCAUGGAAACUGAUACUCAUUGAUACUGGAGAGUGACGUUUCAUCUUCUAAGGAUACGCCUCCCACAAAGUCGGCCUCGAAGGGCUCGCUCAAUCGCAACACGAUUGUAUCCAAAGUUCAGAUUUUUCUCUCCUUUCUUUUCUUUUCCUUUGCCCUUUCCUUUUUUUUUUUUUUUUUUUUUUUUUUUUUUUUUUUUAUUGCUGUGUCACGGCGCUAUAUUUUCUCAAAUAUUGCUAUCAACACACCCAAGAAACUCUCCACCAACACGCAUAAUACAUGAACAGUCUUAGUGGCAUUCUUGAUACAAUUCCUAGAUAAUUAGUUACGAGUCAUUUACACUCCGAAAUACAAUAAAACACAGAAGCAACCACAAAUUCUCAUAUCAUUUCUAAUACAAAACACAUUGAUCGCCAAGGAAUUUUAGAAAAAAAAAUUGUGAGAACGUUCACUAGACAAAUUGACCACUCAAAAACCCUUAUUUACAUUUACAUUUUUUAAAAUCUAUAACCUACCAGAAAUGUAUAUUAAUGGCAAAAAUAGUUGUAGGUAAACUGGAAUUUUACCGGAUAUUUAAAUAAAAUAGGAUAAAUUGGGUUCAAGGCUAUUUCAGUCUCAGAAGUGUUAUAGUUAAAAAAUGUAUAUAUUAUAAGGAAUUAUUUAACGAUUGACCAUACAAACUGGUCAAGCAUAACUAUUACACACCUAGACACACAUCUUAUAUUUACUGCAACCCAUACACAAUCAUCUGUACAAAUAAUGAUAACAGGACACUUUAUAUGCCAUGUUUUAUUUAAUCACCAAACACUUGGCGACGAAGGAACAAUCAAAUAAGGUACAGGUUCUAUCUCCGUACUUUGCAAUUUUAUUGACAACUCAGUCUUCUUGAUUGCUCUGAAUAGGUAGUCGGUGACAUACCAUUUGAAACAGUAAUAGGUAGUGCCGUUUAGCUCUCUUUCACACACUUGGAAUUGAUAGUGAGCACUUUAAACAUGUACAUAACCAGGAUUUUAGACUGGUAAUAACAUCUUUCAAAACGUGUUUUUUUUUGUGGGUUUUUUUCAUUUCAUUCAUAGAUAUAUUUUUACAAUCGCCAGAUCAGAACUUUGGCAGAAUGCCCCUUAACCCCCUCUGAUGAUUCGAAAAUAUAAAGAAGGCAACACAAAAGAGUGUAACUAGUUGCCUAGUUUACUCAUGGCGAAUCAAUCCUGUGACACGUGAGAGAUCAAUUCUUACCAGCCCUUAACAAGGGAAAGACUCGUUUUUAUGGAGAUUGUAUAAUUAUAUGUGCGAAGAUAUGUGUUUCCCUGUUCGUCCUCUGGAUAAAUCCCUGUCCCCAGCGCCCUUUCCCUCCCGCUCCUCCUUACCCCUCCCACGCUCCUCAUGCCCCUCUCCCCCUCUCUUUUAGUGGGUCGUGGAAGUCAAAUUGGCUGUCACAUGGCAGUUUCUCAGCAAGAGAAAGACCAAGAGUGAAGCGGGAUUUUCCGUGCAGAUAAUGAUGAUCUGGAGGCUGAGAUACAAUGUGAUAUCCGAACCGUCGAAGAAAACGUUUUUUUUUUUUUUGUUUUUUUUUAAUAAGUAGGAGAGAAUGGAACCUGUGUUUUGUGAGAAAAAGAACACCUGCAAGUAGUGAUUCUAAGUGAAUGACUGUCUAACUUUAUAAUUUAAAAAAAUGAUAAAGGAUUUGUCAAUGAGAAAUGUUAUUGCUUUGUAUAUCACACUCUUAUAAAAAGAAGAUAGGUGUUGUGAAGACACUUGUAUUAAAAAGGAUUAAUAUCUCUGUACACAGUAUAGCAUCAUGAUAAGCUAUCACAACUUGAAUUCCAACUGGGAGAGCUACCACGUAUGUGAAAAUGCACUUAUGUUCUUCUUACACUUGCGAUAUCCUCAUUCCAGUGUGUUCUGUGUUCUAUUGAAGAAGAAAAUCAAGAAAUGCUGUAUUUUGAUGUAAUGAAGCAAGAGGGUUACUGGCGGGGCCGAAGAGAGUCUCCCCUUCAUCGUUUUGUAACCAAUUUCUGUUACAUUGGUUGACUAAAUUAAGGAUUAUG